AAAUGACUUGCCGGGAGAGAGGACUGGAGUUCAAGCAGUUUACCGCGAUUGGAACUCCGCAUGGAAAUGAAUGGAGACCAAAGUGGUUAAACUGAAGCCUGCAUGCGAAACUCUUUGAUGCUUCAUUCAUCUAAAGCAGAAGUGCUGCCUCUGCUGCUGCUGUUGAACUGUUUCAUUUAAGAUAUCGAUACUGCUGGGAGGUGUGUUAAAAGUGAUCCACGGACAUGAAUUUCUCGCGUUUGUCUUGCGCAGCGUGCAGAAACUGGAGACCGUCGUUUUUCCACCUGCUGUGGUUUCUCACCCUGGGCAACAGCGUUCUUUUGAAUGCUGGUGCUGACAGUGCCGAAUGUGAUCAAGGCGCAUCUAUUCUGCUACGGUCUCUCAAUUUACCUCAAAACACAGAAUAUGAGAUUGUAUCUCCAUAUGAGGUCGACCACCAAGGCGUUUACGUCUCUCAUGAAAUUGCCCACCACCAGCGCACAAGGCGGCGCAGAUCCCUCGCUCCAGACGCAGACUCAUCUGCCACUGAAGGCAUCAGUGAAACAGUCCACUUCCGACUCAGAGGCUUGGGGCAGGACUUCCACAUGGAGCUGAGGGACGCCUCGGAAAGCCUGAUUGCACCUGGCUUCACCAUCCAGGUCCUGGGAAAGAAUGGCACCAAGAGCCUGAGGCCCUACCAUCAGGAUGACCUCUGCUUUUACCAAGGGUCACUGAGGUCAAGGGUCAACUCCUCUGUGGCACUAUCCACAUGCAUGGGGAUGUCAGGUUUGAUCCGAACACAGGAUGCAGAAUAUUUCUUGAGACCUGUGUCACACGGCUUGGCGCAGAUGGAGAACUUCACAGCGCCCUUCGGUCAUCAGCCACACAUCCUCUACAAGAGGGAAAGGGACUCCCAAACACAGCGGCAACAUGUGCUUCAAAAGAGAUCUGCUGACAACACAGUGUUUGAACAUCAAUACAGGGGACUGCAAAAACAGCAUGACAACAAUAACAACAACACUCAAGCUGACCCGAUGAAACAUCAUGGAAGUGGCCAACAGCACAAUGACCAUCGCCAUGACAGCGACUACAGACAUGGGGAGAAGCAGAAGCAACACUUCUGUGGGAGAAGGAAGAAAUACAUGCCGAAACCUCCAGAAGAGGAUAUUUUUAUCCUUCCAGAUGAAUACAAGUUUAUCCCCAGGAAUAAAAGGGCAGUGCUGAUGAAGAACAAGGCCAGCCAGGGACUCAAUGUGGAGACACUUGUGGUGGUGGACAGAAAGAUGAUGGACAACCAUGGCCAUGAGAACAUAACUACAUAUGUUCUUACUGUGCUUAACAUGGUCUCAAGUCUGUUCAAAGAUGGCACAAUAGGGGGAAAUAUCAACAUAGUGAUUGUGGGUCUCGUCCUCCUGGAUGAAGAACAGAAUGGCUUAGUGAUCAACCACCAUGCAGACCACACACUGAACAGCUUUUGCCACUGGCAGUCCACCCUGGGAGGUAGAGAGGGCCGGCACCAUGACCACGCCAUCCUCCUCACGGGACUCGACAUCUGCUCUUGGAAGAAUGAACCCUGUGAUACUCUUGGGUUUGCUCCAAUUAGCGGGAUGUGUAGCAAAUACCGUAGCUGUACCAUUAACGAGGACACUGGCCUGGGUUUGGCAUUCACCAUCGCCCAUGAAUCAGGACACAAUUUUGGAAUGGUCCAUGAUGGUGAAGGGAAUGUUUGUAAAAAGUCAGAAGGCAACAUCAUGUCUCCCACAUUAGCUGGUCACAACGGUGUCUUCUCUUGGUCUGCUUGCAGCCGUCAGUACCUCAGCCGCUUCCUCAAUUCUGCCCAGGCUUUGUGCCUAUCAGAUGAACCAAGAGCAAUCACAGAGUAUCAAUACCCUGAGAAGCUGCCUGGCGAGCUGUACGAUGCAGACACACAGUGCAAAUGGCAGUUUGGGGAGAAGGCCAAACUCUGCACCCUUGAUUUUAAGAAGGAUAUCUGCAAGGCUCUUUGGUGCCACCGUGUUGGGAGGAAGUGUGAGACCAAAUUCAUGCCAGCUGCUGAGGGUUCUGCUUGCGGCCCCGAUAUGUGGUGUCGUCGGGGCCAGUGUGUGAAACAGGGUGAUGAGGGUCCAAGGCCUCAGCAUGGCCACUGGUCAGAGUGGUCCUCCUGGUCUACAUGCUCUAGAAGCUGUGAGAGCGGCGUUACGUAUCGUGAGAGGCAAUGCAGCAACCCCAGACCAGCAUAUGGAGGGAAGUUCUGCGAGGGUUCCUCCAGGUCAUACAAACUUUGCAAUACUGACGACUGUCCCAGGAACACCAUUGACUAUAGAGCACAACAGUGUGCUGAGUUCAACGGCAAACAGUUCAGAGGCUGGUACUACACUUGGAGACCAUACACUAGAGUGGAUGAUCAAGAUCUAUGCAAGCUUUACUGCUUUGCUGAAGGUUAUGAUUUCUUUUUUGCCUUGGCCAGCAAAGUUAAGGAUGGGACACUCUGCUCACCAGACAGCUCUAAUGUCUGUAUUGAUGGACUGUGUGAGAGAGUUGGCUGUGACCGUGUUUUAGGCUCCACAGCUGUGCCCGAUGCUUGUGGGGUGUGUAAAGGAGACAACUCCACCUGCAAGAUUUACAAAGGACAGUACACAAAACAGCAUUUUACUAACCAGUACUAUGCAGUGAUAACCAUCCCAGCUGGAGCUCGGAGUAUCCGUGUGAUUGAACUGAAUUCCUCAAGCUCCUACUUGGCUGUCAGGGACACACAUAGACGCUACUACCUUAAUGGCCACUGGACCGUGGACUGGCCUGGCCGACACCCCAUUGCUGGAGCAAUUUUCGAGUACAAAAGACCAUAUAACAGACCAGAGAGUCUCAUAUCAGCCGGUCCCACCAAUGAGACUCUAGUAAUAGAGGUGCUGUUGCAGGGCUGGAAUCCUGGUGUGCAUUGGGAAUAUACUCUAAAGAAAGCUGAUGAGAAACUGAUGAAGAACCGCAUCAAGCACAAUUAUACAUGGGCUAUCAUACGCUCCCAGUGCUCAGCCACUUGUGCUGGAGGCCAAAUGAACACCAAGUCAGCAUGCUACAAAGACUUGAAAGUGCAGGUGAAUGUGUCGUACUGCAAUCCCAGAUCAAGACCAGCUACUGGAUUGAUGCCCUGCAACACCCAACCGUGUCCUCCCAGCUGGUCUGUAGGAGAGUGGGGGGUGUGCAGCCGAAGCUGUGGAGGAGGGGAGCAGACUCGGCAGGUCCAGUGUGUCCAGAGAACCAGCCAGACUGACGUGGACACCCUGGCUGACUCUCGUUGUGCCCAGCCGUCCCCGGUCAGGAAGCAGACCUGCAACACACACAGCUGUCCACCGGUUUGGACAACUGGGUCGUGGUCACAGUGCUCGCGUAAGUGUGGCAAUGGUUUGAAGAAGAGGACUGUGCUGUGUGUGAGCUCUAACCCGGGUGCCCAGGCACACACGCUGCCCGACAGCAAGUGCGCAGGCCUGCCAAAACCUGCUGGUCAGGAUUCCUGCUUCAUCAGACGCUGCCAGAAACAACGCAAGGUCCAGUGGUUUGUCUCCACAUGGCAAGAGUGUUCAGUAACAUGUGGUCGCGGCUAUCAGUCACGCUUCAUCAAGUGUGCAGAGAAGGACACUGCAGGAAAAUACAGAGAGCUUGCUCCCAAGAAGUGCCACCAUGUUCCCAAACCCACAGUAGAGCUUCAGAAGCCCUGCAUCCUGGCUGAAUGCCCUGUCCGCACAACGCAAUCAGUGCGCCACCAAUGGAAGACACAUCAUCGGAGCUCUCCAGCCCACCCUCCGCUUCGGCCAGAAUGGCGCUCGUCUCCUUGGUCUCAGUGCACGGUGACAUGUGGAGGAGGAGUGCAGGCAAGGGCAGUCCGGUGUCUGGCGGAAGAGAAACCUUCCACUGGCUGUGCCGUCCAUCUCAAACCUCCAGUGUCCCAGGCCUGCAAUACCAACUUCUGUCCACAACCUGAGAAGAAAGAACUUGCAUGUAAGGAUUACUUCAGCUGGUGUUACCUGGUGCCCCAACAUGGAGUCUGCAACCACAAGUUCUAUGGCAAGCAGUGCUGCCAGUCAUGUUCAAAUUCAAACCUAUAAUCCUAAGACGUGACUCAGUCCGCUGUACAGGCAGAUAGGUAGUUAGUCAAAAGACUGCAAAAUAUGGUUGUGGUUUUAAGCAUGUGGCGAGCACUGAAAUACAAAGCCUUUUCUUUGGAAGUGCCCUUCAUUUUCUCUCUGCGAUGCCGGACAUCUGGAUACAAGAACUUGAUGUUGACAGCACUACACAGGAAUGUGAUCAGGAAAACACAAAUAAAGACAAGAAUUAUGUGGAGGAACUAACAAAAUAGUAAUCUUGAUUAAAGCAAAUAGGAUGGACAUGUCUAAAAGAAACUGAAAAAUCCCAGCUUUGUUUAUAUACUGUAGCUGAAAAGAUCUGUACUCAGGACACUCAGCAUCUCUCAGUCAACCAAAGGCCAAUGAUGGCAAACCAACAAAGAAAGACGUCUUCGAGCGCUGCCACGCAACAUGUGAUCCGCCCUGGUCUGCGCUACAGACCCUGAUGAAUUGACAAUCUGGGGUUUCUUAAUGAAAAGGGACGUUUCAAAGAGACAAUAAAGGUAUAAAUAAAUUUGCCCUGAGCUCAAUUUUUUUAAAUAACAAAUAAGAGAAGAAAAAUGACAUGCUAAUCAAUGUGUAUUUCUUUAAUAGCUGGGCAGUUGCCAUGAAAGUUGUCAUGUAAAAGUAAAAGAAGAACACCACAAAUCGACUGCAUCAUCAGAUGCAUAUGUUUUCUGUGAUGGGAUAAGUCUGUGUGGCUUUCCUUCCAAGUGGUGCUACAACUUUGUCACAUUGAAUUCAUGAAAUCAGUGUGAAAUGUUCAAGCUUCAGGAAAUAACAAAUGAAUUGUGUGACCCGUGUACAGUAUUAUUUGUUUUAUUUAUUGGCUUUGCAAUGCAGUGUUUCUGGAAAACUGUAUGAUUAAGCAUUAUAAAUGUGUCCAUGUAUUACUCUACCCUAAGCCCAUUACCUUAAUAUGUGUUAUUAAUUUUCAUUACAUGCUGUCAAACUGCACCUUUUUAUGCAAAACCUUUAUUUUAUUUUUUUUAAAAGAAAGCAGCUGUCAAGUGAAAUCACUAACAAGCCAUAUCAGUGUGUUGUUUAAUGUGUCCUACAUUAUUAUACAUGACAUUGGCAUGCAUUUAUAUGGCACAAAAAUGCGUUACAUAUCAAUUACAUUUUUAAAGCACUGAUGGAUGAUAGGUAAUACUAUUACAAUAUGAUUUUUUUUUACAGUGUUAAUGAAAUAAGAUAAACAAAAUGUGUAACGACAGGAACAUGAGCCCCGAUUUCAUCAUUUUUAGCUUUAAGUUGGACUGAGUAUCUUUCAGGGGGGUAUAAACUUGAAACUCUAAAAGGACUCCUGGAGAAAAGCAGAAAAACAAAUAUUCAGGAUGGAAAAAUUGAUCGCUUGAGUCAUACAUCUUUGGCUACAGUCUUCAACUGGGCAUGGUGCUGUCAUCAUGCCUUUACAGAGGAUUAGGAUUGCACCAUAUCACUGACAUCACUGUCACCAUUGUUCCACUCUGCCAUAGCGGGGGCUAGUACGUCUUUUGCAUUUCUCUGGCUUUAAAAUACAGAUUUAUAACUUUUACAUGUAACAGCUGUAAUGUAUCUAUGUACAUUUAAACAUCUUAACUCCAGUCUUUGCUUCUAUUUAUUAUGUUCCUUCCAACAUAAGUAAAAUUACAUGGUAGUUCUCUACCUUACCU